AUGUCGACGCCGGCCAGCUCGAGCGUGUUCGUGGCUGCGGCCCUCGUUUCCAUUAGCGCCCUGGUCCUCUUGCUGCUCCGUCACUAUCUGCCUCUGCGCUCGACUCCGGCCUUCGUAGUACUGCCCGUCUUCCUCGCCCUCGCCCUACCGGCAAGCAUCGUCCUUCUCGUGCCCAUAGACCUCGCCUCUAGUCCGCCAGAGGGUCAUCGGCCAGCUGGGAUAUGGCUCUCUUCACGUUUCAUGCUCGUCUUCUGGCGCAUCGCCUACUGGCUCACCUUUGUUCUCACCUGGGGAAUACUGCCGUUCUUAGGAGAGUAUUUAGACUCCGGCCAUAGAUCGCCGCGCGAACGCAUGCUCUACUCCCUCCGUUCAAACGCCCGGUACCAGCUCAUUCUCCUCUCGUCGGGCUUACUAGGUCUGGUAUACCUUGCUCUCACACAUGAGCUGCGCUUCUCCUCCCUCCGUGGGCUCGUCAUGGCCCUCGCCUACGCCUGGGGCCUGGUUCUGGCCAUAUACCUGCUUGGCCAUGGCCUGGUCGCCCUGCCUCGCAAGAUGUGGCGAGCAGCCUGGACUGGAGACAGGCUGCGAAGGUUGCAGCAGCGUGCGGUCCGGGUGCACGAUGCCCUCGUCGACACUGACAGCAAGGUCGAGGAGCUCAGGUCUCUGGUGGCCCAGUUGAGACGUAAGCGUGGGCUCAGCGCGGAGAUGCAGGAGUGGGUUGACGAGCUGGUGGACGUAGCCGGUCAGGGCGGCAGCAGAGGGUCGACCGCCGCCGUCCGGAGCUUACAGAGCGAAGGCAGAGCUGUAGUGCCGCAUGUCAUCACGGAUCGGUACAUGGCUGGCCUGACCAGAGACCUCUACCGGGCCAGGCACAGGCACGCCAGAUAUACGGAUGCCUGGUCCCGUCUCGUGCGUGAAGCACACGACUGCCAAACCAUAAUCGAUGCAGCUACCUCGAAACAACUCGUCUUUGAUGACUCCCUGUCGUCUUCUUCUUCUUUUUCUGCCGCUGCUGCUGCAUGGACUUCGCACUCCCUCCUGACCCCUUACCUACGCUACCUACUCUACACCAAUCUCCUACCAGCCAUACGCGUAGGCCUCGCCUCCCUCUUCGCCUGCCUGUCCGUCUGCAUCCUCUGGUCCGAACUUGUGCGCACGUUCUUCCCCUUUCUCUCCGUCGUCGCCCUCACCACUCCAUCCUCUACCCCGGUUGGCUUCCCUUCCCAACUCCUCACCUCCGUCUGGCUACUCUAUCUCUGUGCCGCCGCAGGAACAGGCAUCUCGGACGCCCAGGUAUGGGGUAACCGUGCCCUGGUCCCUCGCAACACAUACCAUGAGUCUGCGUGCUGGUACGCCGGCCAGAUCGCCCGCCUCACUGUCCCGCUGGCGUACAACUUCCUCACCCUGCUGCCCCAUGACUUGCAGCGACGGACUACCUUCUUCGACUUCUUGGGCAAGGGCAUCAACCUUACGUUGAUAGGGGAAGGUUUCGAUCUCUUCUUCCCCCUGGUCAUCCUCUUACCCGUCGCCGCCACAGUGUUCAACCUGUAUGGCACGGUCAAAGGGCUGGUUGGACUGGGAGACAUGGAGAUCGAUAACGAGGAGGAAGACAAUCCAGCCGGCUACGGUACCGGCGGAUGGAGGGAAGGACGUGCCCUUAUCGAAACGGAGUUGAACGGCCCUGGAUACCUGGGUCUGUCCAACACCAGGACGACAGCCACCCCCCGCAGCCUGCCAGACUCCCUGCCACGAUACAGGGACACACCGACAGACCCCAGGAGAACCUCGCACCGACCCACACAGACCAACGAGCCAGCAGCAGACGCGGAAGACGAAGAAGACGAGGGGUUCUUCCGGUCCUUUGCUCACCGGGUUCGAAACACCAUCGACACCGCCAGCACGCCCAAGUGGUUACAGGAGGUCGACGCUGGCUUCAAGCGGCCCCGAUGGAUGGGCGGCGGCGACGACGGCCCUUCUUCUUCCUCCUCUCCUUCAACGGACACCUCCGGUCUUGCCAGGUGGUUCGGCGGUGGCUCCGGUGGAGUGCGGCUCUGA